GCCCAGCUGUUUCCAUGAUUCUUGGUGAACAUUUCUAUGUGUAACACUUGUUGUAAACUCCUCGGUGUUGUGUAGUGAGUCGCUCCACGGUAGAACCGGUUCGUCCUGCAGGAGUCCAACCGAACCGCAGCGGAACCAACCCGGACAUUAACCUCGGUGGACCGGGUCACCAGGAUGCUGCAGAGGGUGGCGGUGGUGGGGGCGGGGGCAGCCGGACUCUGUGCGGCCCGGCAUGUUCUGGCCCGGCCCGGCUUUGCCCCCCCGGUGGUGUUUGAGCUCAGCGGGAAUGUGGGCGGAACCUGGUGCUACGAAGAGCGGGUCGGGUCGUACCCCAACGGGCGGCCGGUGCUGAGCAGCAUGUACCGGGACCUCAGAACCAACCUGCCUAAAGAGGUGAUGAUGUUCCCCGACUUCCCCUUCGAGCCGCAGCUGAGCAGCUUCCUGCCCCAUCAGGAGGUCCAGCGGUACCUGGAGCGGUACUGUGACAACUUCGGGAUCCGGCCUCACAUCCGGUUCAACUCGGCGGUGGAAAACAUCACGCCCGUUACCAUGACGACAGACAGCGAGGGGAGGAAGCUCACCUGGGAAGUGACAUCAGCGGAUUCAUCGGGCUGCCUGAGAACCGAGGCGUUUGACGCCGUGUUCAUCUGCUCAGGGCAUUACUCUGACCCUCACAUCCCGCAGAUCCCAGGGAUCCAGAACUUUAAAGGAAAGGUUCUGCACAGCCACUCCUACCGCUGCCCUGAGCCGUUCUCGGGUCAGACGGUGGUGGUUCUGGGAGCUAAAGCUUCUGGACUGGACAUUUCCAUAGAACUGGUCAAAACCGGAGCCAAGGUCAUCCUGUGUCACCGCUACGCUCCACUGGCCGUUCCUCUUCCUGCUGGGAUUCAGGAGUCCAGCUCUGUGGUGGCGGUGGACGAGAACGGCAGCAUUCGCCUUCAGGACGGCUCGCAGUGCCGGGCUGACGUCCUGAUGUUCUGCACCGGCUACAACUUCAGCUACCCCUUCCUGGACUCUGCCCGGCUGGGUCUGGAGAUCCAGGACCAUGUGGUGUCCCCGCUGUACCGCUACAUCCUGCCUCCUGCCUUUCCCUCGCUCUUCUUCAUCGGCAUCUGCAAGAUCAUCUGCCCCUUCCCCAACUUCAACUGCCAGGUCCAGUUCGCCUUGGCCGUGUUGGACGGGUCCGUCACCCUGCCGCCUCGGGAGCAGAUGGAGGAAGAGGUGCAGAGGGAGCAGCAGACCAAGCUGGGGCGCGGCGUCCAGCAGAACCACCUGCUGAAGAUGGACCAGGAUCAGUGGGAAUACUGCGACGCGCUGGCCGAUGCCGCCGGCUUCCCGCCGCUCCCGCCGGUGGUCCGGAGCCUGUAUGAGGAGGUGUGGCAGCAGAGACGGGUCCACCCCGAAAACUACAGAGGAUUGAACUACAGGAUGGUUAGCGCCACCCAGUGGGAGCGGAUCAACUGAGGACGGUUCAGGAAAGAACCGGGACAGAUCCACUCUGUAGGACGUUCCUCUGAGAAGGUCCAGCUCGUCCUCCUUAUGUUCUCCAUCCUGCCUUUUCUCAGUGUGGUCGUACUCUGGCUCCACCUACUGCUCAUAGAGAAGAACUACACCCUGAACUACCUCUAUUAAUUGAAUUAAUUAAUUCACUGCAUUUCUUCUUUGUCUCAUGGUUUCCACCAUGUGUUGCACUUUAAAGGCUGAUUAUCUUCACAGAUAAUUAUUUUAGAUCUAACAUUAAGUUUUACAUCAUUAAAAAAUGAAAUUAUUUCCAUCCAUUUGUUCCCAGAGGCUUCAGCUUCUGAUCUAAAUGUUUACUUUGAUGUUCUGUUUAAUUUGAAUAAAGACUUUUG